AUGGCAAAAACUGCUGAACUUCGUUGGUUGCCGAAAUAUCACAAAUUUAAACGUGUCUUUUUCGAAAUCAAUCCACUGUGUGAUCGUAUCCAACGAGAUAUAAAUCGAAUCGACAAUGCAAAUCUAAGUGCAAUUAAUUUUCAUGAUGGUGAAACAACAUUAGGAUCACUGGAAGAGGAAAAUUUAAACGAACUCAAUGCCAUGUUUAUGUAUUCGUACUUACUCAAAGAUAUCUUGAUCAAAAUGGACUUUGGCAAACAAGCAAAAGAACAAUUUGUUAAUUUUUGUCGCAUCAAAUAUGCUGACAAUCGAUUUGCAUUAUAUUUCAUUGAUGAAUUCGAACAAAACUAUGAAAAACAUAGCCCUGUAUGGUGGUAUACACGAGAGUCUUUAAUUUAUCCAAUGUUAAAUCAAGCUUUACGAGAACACGACACUGAGACUCUUUUUAAGAUGGGCUUUUUCAUUAAAGAUCUUCAUCAACAACUGGAACAGAUUCAUUCACUGGCAGUCACCAAUGCUGACACAUUAGUUGUUUAUCGAGGUCAAAGUGUAUCGAACAAGGAAUUUAUUAAAAUAAAAAGUAGUCCAAGUGGUCUUAUAUCAUUCAAUAGUUUCUUAUCAACAACACCGGACAGAUUACUGGCUCAAGGUUUCGCCGAGGGACAAUUGGGCAAUUCUGAAACGAAGGCUAUUUUGUUUAAAAUGAAUAUUUGUUCUGAAAUUCGAUCAAGUCCAUUUGCAUCUCUCAAUGGUUUGAGUUACAUGGAAGAAGAGGACGAGAUUCUCUUCUCAAUGCAUACUGUAUUUCGAAUUCAAAGUAUUCAACAACAAACUAAUCAGCCUGAAAUAUGGGAAGUACAUUUAAAAUUAACAAGUGCCGAAGUCGAUCAGAAUCUUGCACUUCUUACUGAACACAUGCGAGAAGAACUUGAAGGAGGAACAAGUUUACAUAAACUCGGUCAGUUAACAGCAAGAAUGGGAGAGUACGAUAGAGCACAGGAAAUCUAUGAACUAUUGAUCUUAUCGUCACCCAUUGAUGAUAAAAAAGGACUUGCUUUCUUACGCCAUCAACUAGGUGUUGUCUAUACUGGACAAGGUAAUCUUGACGAUGCUCUAUCUCAUUACCAGAAAUCGCUUGAUCUCGAGCUGAAAUAUUUGCCACCUAAUCAUCCACAACUUGGACCGACUUAUUCUAAUAUUGGAAUGAUAUACGAAGACAAACAUGAAUUGGAUCGUGCGUUGGAAUAUUAUCAAAAAGCGCUAGAAAUCGACCUUGGAGCUCCUGAAUUGGAUCAACAAUCUGCAUCAGUCAGUUACAAUAAUAUUGGAGGUGUUCUCCUAAGACUUGGCCGUUUCGAAGAAGCUCUAGAGAACUACAACCGAUGUCUAGAGCUUCAACUCAAAAGUCUUCCACCAACUCAUCCUCAAAUUGGUGCACUCUACUCUAAUAUGGGAGUUGUUUGUCUUGACAGACACGAUUGGUCACAAGCACUCGACUAUUUCAACAAAGGCCUCACAAUCCAACGAAAAUCAGUUCCUCCCAAUCAUCCUUCUCUAGCAAUUACACAUUAUAACAUCGCUCUAGCUUAUGACGGACUUCUUCAGUACAUCGAUGCAAUCAAAUAUGGACAACAAGCAUAUGAUAUUGCCAUGCAUACUUUUCCUUCUAAUCAUCCCGAGUGUCUCACCUAUGAAGUAUAUCUUAAUAAACUUCGUUCUAAACUGUAG